UUAAUUGCAUGCAGCGUCCAUUCAAGUGCUGCAGCUGUAUUUGGUGAUGCCUGUAUCGAUAAUAGUAAUUGUACAGAGACUGGUCAGGUGUGUGAUAACACAUGUGUUUGUUAUACAGAUAACUACUACACUCGAGUUGGAGAUAAAUGUGUGAAAGAGCUUGGAAGAGAUUGUACAUUUACAGCAGCUUGUAAUGAUGUAAAUGUCCUCUGUGAUAGUAAUAGUAAAUGUCAGUGUGACAAGGACACACACUAUGAUAAUAAUGGUGAUACAUCCCUAGGUGGAUCUUGUAUUGCUAAACAUGCCUUAGACGAUAGCUGUACACAUCCUGCAAGUGCCCCAAAUGCAGUCCAAUGUUCUGAUGCUAAUGCUGAUUGUAAAGCUGAAUCAGGAGAAACAGGAUACACUUGCCAAUGUAAUGAUGGAUAUUAUAGUUCUGGAGGAAAUUGUUUGCAGGUUACAUGGGGGACAUGGGGUGAUUUUGGAACCUGCAGUGUAUCAUGUGGAGAUGGAACCCAAACUAGAACAAGAACUUGCACUCCUAGUGGUGCUACCUGUUCUCCAGGAAUUGGAUCUCAGCAAGUAUCUUGCAACUUAGGUUCAUGUGAGAGAAGUAUAGGUGAAACAUGUACAGAUACAUCUCAGUGUUCAACACUAAACUCCCAGUGUAUAUGGAGUGGCACAAAGACAUGUACUUGUAAGCCUGGAUAUUUGACAGUCGGCAAUUAUUGUCUGAAGAGGUACCUUGGUGAAAGUUGCAGUGAAACCACUCACUGCUCAGUAGUAGACAAUAGCCAAUGUAGUAGUGGUUUCUGUGAAUGUAAGUCUGAUUACUACAAAACAGCAAAUGGUCAAUCAGGCAGAUGUGAAAAGAGACAUUUAGAUGAGAGUUGUACUGCUGAUUCUCAGUGUACAGAUGGUAACAGUGAAUGUAGGAACAAUAAAUGUUUAUGUAAGAGUGGAUACUAUCAGAUGGGAACCGGAUCAACAGGCACUUGUACUGAGAGACAUUUAGAUCAGAGUUGUAAUGCUAGUCCUCAAUGUCAAGAAGAUAAUAGUGAAUGCAGUAAUAAAAUAUGUUCAUGUAAAUAUGGUUACUAUCAGACUGGGACUGGAUCAGACGGCACUUGUACAAGACAAUCAUUAGGAGAUGCAUGUACAGAUUCCAGUCAGUGUUCAACUAGCAAUGCAGAAUGUCGUAGUAGUGGUACUAGAAUCUGUCAGUGUAGUAAUGGAUAUUAUGAUACAAAUGGUGCAGCAUCUGGUGGAUCUUGUACAUCAAAGGUUUAUGUUGGAAGUACCUGUCCACAACCAACGGAAUCUGUGCCAAAUACAGCUACCUGCCGUGACAAUAAUGCUAGAUGUAUGUCAAGUGGUUCAAGUUCCUAUACAUGUCAAUGUAUUAGAACCUAUUAUGACAAUAUGAACAAUAACAACAGGCAGUGUAUUUUAAAUAAAGCUCUUGGAGAGACUUGCAACGAGGUUGCAACGGAAGCUGAAUGUUCUAAUCCUGCUGCCGAAUGUUUAAACAGGAAAUGUACAUGUAACACUUACAGUUAUGAUAACAAUGGACAAGUAAUUGGUGGGACGUGUAUGGCAAUAUCAGAUCUACAAGUGAGCAAUGUUGGCUUCAGUUCAAUACAAAUUAAUAAGAUAACAGUUACUUGGACGAUACCCCAGAACUAUAAACAGUUCAUCAACAAAUUUAAAGUGACCUGGAGACCAACCAACAAUAACAAUGUAAACAAUGAGUCAGCAGACCUAGACUCUUCUCGUACAUCAUACACAAUGACAAGAGGAAUAGAUCCUGGUAGAGCUUAUACAGUUACUAUCAUCUCAAUCAACGAUCAAACACAACAAGGGUCAUCACGUAAUACAUCAGUUGUUAGAUAUCAAGCUGCAAAACCAAGUAUAACAAGUGGAAUUGAUGAGUCAAACAGUGAUAAAGAUAUCAGUGGUGGUACUAUAAAAGUUGCCUGGAAUAACGCCCCUGAUUACAAAAGUGGCUACAUUGUAAAACUUAAAGAUGGAGAAACUGUAAAGUUUACUAGGACUGUUAACGGUGUAUCUGUAACAUUGUCAAGUUCAGGAUUAAAGAAUGGAUACAAUUAUGAUGUUACAAUACAAGCAAAAAGUGAACACUUUGAUAAUGGGAAGACUGUACUGGGUGACAUUUUUACUUCGAAAUUUAAAACCACUCCAAAAUCACCUGGACCACCAAUAAAUGGUACAUGUAAAGACCCUACAGACAGUUCUAUAUCACUUGAUUGGGAAGCACCAAUAAAUCCAAAUGGUGAUUUAGUACAGUACAACAUCCAUGUUUAUAAACACGGUAGUCUUGUGUUUAACAAUGUCACCUCAACAGGGACACGAACAGAUAAAACUGUUGGAAAUCUUGAACGUGGAAUAUUUUACACAUUUAAGAUAUACACGGUGAAUGAAGUUGGACAAUCAACAAGUUCACUACAAAUUACAUCCACAAACUGUAAAACUAAAGCUAGAAUGUCAGCUAUGCCAGAAAAUCUACAAAUAACAGAUGUUACAAGUCGAAGUCUUCUGAUUUCUUGGGAUAAACCUGUAGAUACGUUCAGCGAUGAGACCUAUGGAUAUGUUCUGCAAGUUAAGGAUGAGCAAGACAAGUGUAAAGAAGAGGUUCUUUAUAGAUGCUCAGACUGUACAGGAACUUUUCCGACUUCUAAAGUUUCAGGAUUAUGUUCUUUAAAUAAACAGCCCGAUUUCUACAAAACUUCAGCCGAGUUAGCGAGUCAGUUGUCAUACAAUGCAAUCCUUAAUCCUGACAUUAACUACAUAGUUACUGUUACAGCAAUAAAUGACGAAGGGAGAGGUCAUCCUGCUACAUUGACACAAAGGACAAAAGAAGAAGCUCCUCAGACUCCAUAUAAUGUUAAAGUUGUAGGCAUGACUGCAACAACAUUUGAUAUUACUUGGAGUAUAAAUGGACCAAGGCCGGGCCUUACAACAUAUAUUAUAAUGCUUACAGCAGAUGUUCCUGCAGAGUCAAUGAACUUUACUGCUACUGGUUUUGCUUUGAGAGAAUACAAAGCAUUCGGAUUACAAGAGUACUGGAAUUACAGUGUCGCUGUGAUGGCAAGUACAUCAAUUGGAAGCAGUAAAUCAGCAGUGACAAAUGAGUACAGGACUUCACCUGCAGCACCUGGCAAAGUUUCCGAAUUUUCUAUAGAACCACAUCCCGAUGAAGACUUUACAAAAAUGAAGAUAUCAUGGAAAAUGCCGACUAUAUUAGAGAGAAAUGGAGUCAUCAAAAGCUACCGUUUCGAAAACAAUGAACCAGGGAAUGUGACGGCGACAACAAAUUUCCAACAGAAUCAUCCAGGUUAUACUUACACAAAAACGGUAUAUGUAGUGCCAGAAGAGAAAUACACAUUUAGGGUUUAUGCAAUAAAUGAACAAAACAUGGAAGGAGAACACAUUAUGGUUACAAAAAUGGCUCCUCCAGGAGUUCCUUUAAACAUCGAGGAAAGUUUAAAAAUGGAUGUUAUCGAUUUACAACGAGAGAAGACUGUAACUGAAAGACAAAUAACGAUAACAUUAGUUCGGGAGUUUUUUGAAGAAUCUACAAAUGGCAAAGUACAAACCACUGGAAUCUUAGUGUGUGUUAACAGUUGUGACUUUGAAGGCGUAAUGACAAUAACGGAUGUGAAUGCAAUGGAAAAUUGGGCAGGAGCAUCAAAGAAAGGUUCGACGUCAUAUCGGGCGACAAAUUCUGACUGGCUAGAUAAGGCUACUGUACAAUAUACAUGUGGAAGAAAUAAACGGGAAGUAACAAAUAUUGAGUACAUUGUUGGCAAUGAUGAUUGUACAAAUGUCUCGCCAGAUGAAUUUUGUAAUGGACCUCUUCAACCAGGGACAAGUUAUAAGUUUGUAGCAUUUACGUGUACAAAUGGAGGAUGUCUUAACAGUCGUCAGUAUGGACCUUUUACAACGGCUAAUGCAGAUUCGCAUUGCUCCGAGUGUAAUACUACCAACUCACAAGCUGUCAUCGUUGGAGUUGUACUUGGCCUAAUUAUCAUCAUUCUUCUAUUAUAUGCUGGCUAUGCAACUUACCUUAUCAGAAGGUAUAGAGCGAAAGAUGAACAAGAAAUAAAAUUUGAAAAUAAAAAGAAUCGUAAAAAUCAAACGUAUGAGAAUGAAACAUUCAUGCUCGGUACAGCAAAUACAUCGGGUAACUUAAACGUUGAUUCAGAAGUUGAGAACGUAUAUUCCAGACUCGAUGACAAUGCAAGAGAAGACAAAACAACAUAUGAAAGUCUUAGACCAUGAUCAUAAUACUGCUGUGUUUGGAUAUUUCUUGUAUAAUCGGCUCUUUAACUUUUUUUCAUUUAGCUUAUGUAAACAUAAUAUUACGAAACAUACUUGUAGGUGUAUAUAUUGUAUAUAUUUUGAUUUUUAUAAUUGCACAAUUAUAUCAAAAAUUUUGUAUUAGUCACGAAAACUUGUUAGGUUUAUAUUUGUUCCUUUCCUGACAUAACUAUGUAAUACAUUUUCAAAGUACACAAAUGAUUACUUAAUGAUUAAGUAUCAAAGGUCAGCAUCAUUCAAUAAAGAAAUGUAGUUUAAUAAUACAAACAGUUUAAUUGUUAUUAUUGAAGUAUAAAAUGCAAGACCAAAUGCUCAUAACACAUCAAUAUUUAUCUGCCAAUGUGAGUCUACAAUUGGCACAUUUGACAUAUUUUAUCGAAAUAUUUAUAAAAACAGUAGCAAGGAAUCAUAUUGAUCUUCUUAUAUUUCUUGUAAAAAUAUGGUAUUCAAGUUGUAAAUGAUUAUGAACAUUUAUAGGAUGAAUACUUACUCUUUUUCAAGAACAAUUAAAUAUCUGCUUUAUAUAGGUAUAUAAUAUUGGAUCAUGUAUCUUAUGUAUUACCAGCAACAUCGAUAAAUAAUUCUUUCGUGGUUUGUUUUCACGUAUUAUACUAAUACAAUCAACGUAAUUAUUAAUGGCAUUACAAACCUUACAUUUUAGACGAAAUCAUUUUAACUAACUGCAUGCAUCACGUUCAGGAAUACUACCCGACGGACAGAAAUCAUCAUUUUAUACGAAUGUGAUACGGAGAUACGGAGUGUCGUUAAAUGUUGUACUGGCAAUACGUCAUGGUUGAGUAUAUUCAAAAUUGUUAAAAUGUAAACACGUGUAUAAUAAAAAGUUAUCCAAGUCUCUUGAUGUUCUAUUUCCAUUGAAUCUCGUUGAUUGUACCUGCAAGGACCUUUCGCGGCGCUUCUCAGUAACAAAUAUUAGAGAACAUUUUAUGAUCGUGAUAGUGGUGAAAUUACUAUAACAUCAGUAAUGAAGGCGUGUCUAUCGCAAAAAAACAACAUUUGGUUUAAAUUAAAUGCUAGGCUUUUCAAUUUUUAUACUGAUAUAUAUCUAUGCGGGCUCGUAUUUAUGGUUCGACGAGUCUCCCUACGACCUCUCGUGUUUGUUCAAGAUUUCUAUCAAUUUGACCACAUCGGACGUACACUUUUGGCGGGGGAUUGGGAUUAUUGUAGGUUGGGAAUAAGGGCCUUGUAAAAUUUACAUAUGAUAUUAAUUAUAUUCCUGACGAUUUCCUUCAUAGAACCUCAUGUGAUAACAUAAGAGUUACAAAGUUGUACACAGUUUAGAAAAGUGAAAUUAGGUAUUUUCUUUGCGUCGGUAAAUAAACACAUUGCGAUAAAUAAACACAUUGCGAAAUAAGGAGAAAUGGCAUGACAGUCUCCCAUUUUUAUUUUAUUAACCAUUUCAUUAAACGAAUGGUAGUUUCGGGCAUUUGAAAAAGCUCGUACAUCAUGUAAAAUUAGUUCUUUUCUUUUAAGAAGCAAUUAGCUCAAUGUGAUUUAUUAAUUGAUUCCACAAAAAUGUUCAUGUUUCUAAUCAUACAUUGUAGAAGGUAUAGAGUCAUAUAAAUUAUAUGAAAAGAAAAUUCAUUAAUGAAUAUCUUGAAACUGUUAAUUGGACCACCAGUAUUAGUGGUAGAGAAGGAAACAAGCUUACAAUUAACUGUGUAUCACUAAAACUUUCUUCAUAGCACUAUAAUCAUUACAUAUUUAUGUCCCCUCUCCAUCGUUCUGCAUACUGUAAAGUUCGAUUGCGCCUAUUCAAAUUGAAACUAAUAGGGCCGACGAUUUGAGUAUCAAAAACAGUACUUUUCCAUUUUGACAUUCUACUGAAACUGAAAAUCAUGUUAUUUUCGACUGUUCCUUGUAUGACGAAUGACAUUAGAAUUAAAUUAAUAGAUAUGAAUACAUGUAUGUCAAUUGAUCAAGAUGAAACUUGUUGAUGAAACUCACUGAAUAAGAGAAUUUGUGCCAAACCUUGUCAGAUUUAACUUGGUUAAUAAUAUAGUUGUCCUUUAUUUGCGAUUUCUACUAAGUGGCAUAUGCUUAUCACUCCACCCACGAUCAGAUCGAGGUAAUAUCAAUUCUAGCGCAUUCAUUUCUUCUUAUUGUAAUUUAACUAUUGUUUGUUUUAUUAUCCGUGUUUUACCUUGUUUAUUUUAUUGUCAUAUCAAUUUAAGGUUUGACAUCUGUUGUUGUUUUUGUGGUUGUUUUCAUUUUAUUUUGGCUGUUAGAAUUAUGUUUAUUGACAUUCAGUAAUAUUUAAUGUCACAUAAAAAUGCAAGAUAUAGCUCUUAUAUAAAUAACUCGUAGAUUGUUGAAACAGAGAUAAAGAUUUUAAAUAAUCUAAAAGUCUCAGAUUAAAGAUUGUUGACUUGUGUUAUUACGCUUAAAAAAAUUAUAUUCACUACUGUAGCUGUUAAUUGCUGUGUUGCGGCUGAAAGUUUUGAAUUGUUUCCCAUACUUCAUCCCAGUGCUGUCAUAUUUCAUUGUACCUUUAGCAUCAUUGAUUCUAAAACUUUGUUUGUUUCGAUGAUUAUCAGUCAAGCGGAAAAGAUUCCCAUAAUGUCUCAUGAUCA